GUGAGCCAGAAGAGCUGCCUGUGUGUUUACAUGUCAGCCUAUCAGUGCUGCCGGAUUUAGCGCAUCUGGAAAGGACAGAGGCAUAUCUCAAAUGCCCCUAAGAUAAGGGAUUCUCUCUCUUCCCCAUUUGAAUCUACCCUGUCUGGAAUCCUGCAUCUCUGCCUCCAUGCUUUCGGAGGCAUUUUGAAUUUCCUUGGCAACAUGGAGCUGCCUGAAUUAGAAUUCUCUGCAUGACAGUCCUGGUAAACAUUAGGAUGGUGUCUGGGGAGGCAGGAGGGCACAGCUACUUGGUGGCAUGCUGGCAGCCCAUCCUGAUCCUGAUGCUUGGCACCGUCCUUUCUGGCUCCACCACCGGUUGCCCUUCCCGAUGUGACUGUAAUGGUCAGGAGCGUUCAGUUGUGUGCCAUCGAAGGAGACUGACAACUCUUCCAGAGGGCAUCCCCACUGAAACAAGGCUACUAGACCUCAGCAAGAAUCGUCUGAAAAAUCUGGGACCUGAGGAGUUUAUUAAUUACCCUCAGCUGGAAGACCUUCAACUUAAUGAAAACACAAUAUCAACCAUUGAGCCUGGGGCUUUUAGCAACCUUAUGAACCUUCGCACUCUAGGUUUGCGCAACAACCAGCUGAAGCUCAUUCAGCUGGGAGUUUUCACUGGCCUCACCAAUCUCACCCAGCUGGAUAUCAGUGAGAAUAAAAUUGUCAUUCUGCUUGACUACAUGUUCCAGGAGCUGUACAACCUGAGGGCUCUGGAAGUUGGUGACAAUGACCUAGUAUUCAUCUCACCCCGAUCAUUUCAUGGCCUCAGCAACCUCGAAAGUCUCAACAUUGAAGGAUGCAAUAUAGCCUCAGUGCCAACUGAUGCCCUUAGCCAUCUCCAUAACCUGCUGUCACUUCGACUGCGUUAUCUGAACGUCACCGUCUUGAGGGACUACUCAUUUAAGAGGCUGUAUCGGCUCAGAGUGUUGGAGAUUUCUCAAAUGCCCACCCUGGAUACCAUGACUCCGAAAUGCUUCUUUGGACUCAACCUCACAUCACUGUCAAUUACAAACUGUAAUCUUACUGUCAUUCCAUACCAAGCCAUUAGUCACCUAAGAUAUCUUCGUUUUUUGAAUCUGUCUUUCAAUCCUAUCCAAACUGUGGAGGGUAACCAGCUCUUUAAUCUGCAGAAGCUUCAGGCUUUUCACUUGGCUGGCGGAAGAUUAGCUGCCAUUGAGCCCUACUCUUUCCGAGGACUCAACCACCUCCGUGUACUCAAUGUAUCCAGUAAUAACUUGAGCACCCUGGAGGAGUCCGUCUUUCACUCAGUGGGAAACCUGGAGACGUUAGCUUUGUAUGACAACCCACUCGCCUGUGACUGUCGCCUGCUCUGGGUCUUUCGUCGACGGUGGAGGCUCAACUUCAACAGACAACAGCCCAUGUGUGCCUCACCUGAGGUGGUACAAGGAAAAGAAUUCAAGGACUUCCCAGAUAUCCUCCCUUCAGACUACUUUAUCUGCCAGAAAUCAAAAAUUAUGGAUUAUAAUGUUCAAGAAAGCCAUGUGGAUGAAGGAACUACGGUUCAUUUCACUUGCCAAGCUGAGGGUGAUCCACUACCAGUCAUAAUGUGGCUUUCACCCAAAAAGGAAUACAUCACUACCAAAACUAUGGGGUCAAGACUUGCUGUGACAUAUGAGGGCACAUUGGAGGUGCGUUACGCCCAAAUCCAGGACAACGGCACAUAUUUGUGCAUUGCAAGCAAUGCAGCAGGCAACGACACCAAAGCUGCUCACCUUUUUGUACAUAGCUACUCACCCAAUUGGCCCCACCAGCCAAAUAAAACAUUUGCCUUCAUUUCCAACCAGCCUAGCGACGAAGGUGCAAAUGUGACCCGGGCCACAGUUCCAUUUCCAUUUGAUGUAAAGACACUCAUCAUUGCAACCACCAUGGGAUUCAUCUCUUUCCUUGGAGUUGUUCUCUUCUGUCUCGUAAUAUUAUUCCUCUGGAGUAGAGGAAAAGACAAUACAAAGUCAAGUAUAGAGGUUGAAUAUGUACCACGGAAGGAGGAAACAGAGGAGGCCAGUCCAGCUGAGGAACCCAUACAAUUCAACAUGAAAAUCAUGUGAAACUCGAAAGGAGGUGAUUUAAUCUUACAAACUGCAGUCGGGAUGCAUUCUAUCCACAGUUUAAAUAUGUACUCAAUCUGAGUGAUAGAAACUGCACAGCAGUAAAUGCAUUUUGACACUGGACCAUUGGUGUGUUUUUUCACUGAAGGGACUGAAAUAUCAAACAAAUCUUGACUUUCAAAUAUUACAAUUUCUGUAAAUUUGAAUUGGCAAUAUCCAAACGGUAUGUUAACAUGCACUGAACAACCCAUAACCGUAUGUAACCAAAUAAAGGUCAUGAAUAAAGCACAUGUAUAAGAGAAAUGUUCCUAAUAAAAACGGUGUCUAAUGGGCGGAAUUAUCCUGCAAGUAGUCUUUCAGCACAAAAUAGGUGGAAGUUUGUGUUGUAUUAAUUGUCUUGCAUUUUUUCUCUCUUGUUUUGAUGGAUGUAAAGCACAACAACCCAUAUUUGGAGCCUGAAUUCUGUUGCUACAAUUCCUAAGUUGAAAGCAGUUUCUAAUGUUUCUUUUGUUUCAUUGGAGACAGGUAUUUUUUAGUCAAAAAGAUUAAGUGGUUUCUUCAAAAAAAAGAGUCAGACUUAAAAAAAAAAAGAAAAUGCAUAAUAGAGGAAAUACUUCAACAGAAUAUGAACAGAAAGACUUCAUGUUUUCAGUGUUGUGAUUUUAACAGAUAUAUAUAUGGAUCCUAAUCAUUUUACUGUUAGCAUAAAGGAUAAAGGCGUAUGUGUGCCUCACCACCUGCUGUGUCAGUGAACUAUGGCCUUUUAGAAUUGAAGUCAAAAUUUCUUAUCAUGUUUUGAUGUUUUCCCCAACCGUUUUAGUUUCUGGGAGAUACCAUCUUCAAAAUUUUAAAACAUUAGCCUUUAAGUUCCAUUAAUUGUAAAACAAAAAUAUUUGCCGUGUCUCACCAGGAGUAUUUCCAAUAUCUUUUAAGGGUCAAAUUAGGAGUGUGCAUGUUAACACACCGAAUAUGAAACAAUCCAGUCCGAGAGUACAGGCUCCUUUCUGCCUAAAAAGAAGGAAGUUUGUCAUUAAAUGUACCGACUUGUUUAGCUAUACAUAUUUUUUCUGUACUCUAUUGUUUUCUUGUACAUUAUGCUAUGGCACAAUAGUAAUACUUUUAAUGGAUGUGGGUUAUGAACAUUUUACAGUCUAAAGAGCAGAUUAAAUGUUGAGUUGACAAAUUUUGUAUGUAAAUAAUCAAAGAGUGUAUUACUGCUUUUCCUAGUGUAUGAAACAUACCAUUGGAAUCAUCAAAUUAACCAGUUAUCAUUUCCUGUCAUGAAAGUCAAUUUAUUUUCCCCUUUGGCAGUUCAAUAAUUGUCAGCACUCUGCUCAAGUCCUGAGGUUAUCCCGUCACUGCUGUAUCUCAGUAACUGUGACAUUAUGGAUUUGUUGCCUUAAGUAACCCAUUUUCCAGUUUUCAGCUGAGCAAUACCCAGUAUUUUGUGUAAAACUGAGUUUUAUGCUUCAAAAGUAUUUUAUGUUGUCCAACUAAUUUCACAGUCAAGGUCUGCUCUGAAGAUAACAUGUUCAUUAACUCUUACAGUACAUGUUUAAUUGGGGAUGACAGAUAAAUUAUAUUAAAAAAUUAAAUGAAAUUUGAUACUACA